GGGCGUUCUCUUGUCUCCAGCAGGAGAACAGGUUUGAGAAGUCGCUGCGGGAGAAGAAAGGUUUCAUCAUCAAGCAGAUGAAGGAGGAUGGGGCUUGUUUGUUCCGGGCCGUGGCUGACCAGGUCUAUGGAGACCAGGACAUGCAUGAAGUGGUCCGGAAGCACUGUAUGGACUACCUGAUGAAGAACGCCGAUUACUUCUCCAACUAUGUGACUGAAGAUUUCACCACCUACAUCAACCGGAAGCGGAAAAACAAUUGCCACGGCAACCACAUUGAGAUGCAGGCCAUGGCGGAGAUGUACAACCGGCCGGUGGAGGUGUACCAGUACGGCACAGAGCCCAUCAACACCUUCCACGGCAUUCAGCAGAACGAGGACGAGCCCAUCCGGGUCUCCUACCACCGCAACAUCCACUACAACUCCGUGGUGAACCCCAACAAGGCCACCAUCGGCGUGGGGCUGGGGCUGCCCUCCUUCAAGCCAGGGUACGCGGAGCAGUCGCUGAUGAAAAGCGCCAUCAAGACGUCGGAGGAGUCGUGGAUCGAGCAGCAGAUGCUGGAGGACAAGAAGCGAGCGACCGACUGGGAGGCCACGAAUGAGGCCAUCGAGGAGCAGGUGGCCCGAGAGUCCUACCUGCAGUGGCUGCGGGACCAGGAGAAACAAGCCAGACAGGUGAGGCCACGCCCCCGGCCACGCCCCCAGGCCUGGCCACGCUGGGGACUGGCUGGCUCGGGGGCAGGGAAUGUGACACGGGGCGGGGGGCUUGGCGGGUUGGCGCGCGUGCAACGGGACGUGGCGCGGGCCCCGCCCCCGAUGUGCGCGCUGGGGGGGAGGGGGAGAGCUGGGGGGCGCGGGGUGCUCUGCCCCCUAACCCUGCCCCCCCCGGCAGGUCUGACGGACUGGGACGAGGACGAGAUCCUGGCCUCGGUGCUGGCGGUCUCGCAGCAGGAAUACCUGGAGAGCAUGAAGGGAUCCCUGCACAGAGACAGCCCCGCUGACAAGAGUUGAUAAUGAAUGGAGACUGUCGCCCCCCCCGGCCCCGAGCCAGGGCCCCCCCGCGGCGCAAACGGAGCCCAAGAACCGGGGAGAAAACCCGCUGUCGUCCCGUCUGGCGCCAGCCGGGGGCGCUGGACAGGAGCGAGGGAGCCCUGGAAACUACGUCUCCCCCCCGCCCCCACCGCUCUGGGUCUGGGGGGUGGAUGCCGCAGACGGAGCCGGUCUCAGGCUGGAUUUGGGGGGGUCUGCGAAGGGGGCGUCAGGCGGGGGCCUCCCUCCCCUCUCGCUGGGGUUGGGGGGCGCAGCAGCGGCGAGGGGGGGUGGCUGAGCAUGCCCCUGUAUUGAAAGGGGGGAGCAUGCCCCGGCCCCCUGUAUGCCCCCCGAUCUUCCCCUGGAGUCCUGCCCCUGACCCCCCAGCUGCACGCCCCCGAGAAGCACCCCACUCUGCCCCCCUCCCGGGGGGAGCUACAGGCCCAGCCGGGGGGGCUAAGCUCAUGGGGCUGGUGCCCCGCGUGAGUGACCCCCUCCAGAGCCGGUUCGACCAGCUGUGGAAAGACCCUCCCCGCCUGCCCCCCGGCCCUGCUGGGGGGUCCCUGGGGCUCCCCCCACUCAGAUCCAGCCCGUGACCCCCCCCCAGCAGCGUCGGCCCUGGCGAAUUCCCGCAGCGGGUUACCCUGGCACCUAGCGCUGGCCGCGGCCUCCUGCAAGGCGAAGCCAGGGGAGGGGGGGCUGGGCACGGGAGCUGCUGGUUAAUUCCUCCCCAAGUGACACCCCCCGCCAGGGUCUGAUAAUAGCGGGGGGCCCUGUGGAGUGGGGGGGCCAAGACGCACGAUGAGGCCCCCUGUUGUGCUGCCCCAGAGCUGCUGGGGGGGGGUUACCCAGUUGGGCACUGUCCUGACCCCCCUGCCUGAGACGGAGGCCCCGACCGGCCAGGUCCUGCCCAGGAGCGAGGCCCCCCCCAGCCCACGUGCUGCCCCCAACACCACAUGGGAGCGGGGCCCCGUCGAGCCCCCCACGGCGCCCGGGGCACAGACGCAGCGAGGGACGGUCCCGGCCCCCCCAAAACAGCUUCCAACUUAAAGAAAUUGAAUUGAUUGUU